CUCUAGCUACUUACUCUCCACCAAUACCACAAGCACAAAUACUGCAGCCUGCCUUUACUCUCUUCCCUCCUUCCAAUUUCUGCUCUCUUAAGUUUUUUAUCAUUUUUCUUCAAGAAAAAUGGUGUCGGCUUUGGACACAAAGGACACAAGCUUGUGGGUGUUCACACUACCAGCUUUUCUUGGGUCCAAAAUCCUUCUGGAUGGCUAUGUUUUGUUUGCAGUCUUUAUGGCGUUUCUGUCCCUCGCGCUUCUCACAUGGGCCUUUGCGGUUGGGGGUAUUGCAUGGAAAAACGCCAGGAACCAAAGGGGUAGUGUUUCCAUCCCCGGGCCUCGGGGUCUUCCCAUCUUCGGGAGCCUAUUCACGCUGAGCCGUGGCUUGGCUCACCGCUCCUUGGCUGCCAUGGCUUGGAGUACUCGAGCUAACAUCCCGCUCAUGGCUUUCAGCCUCGGCUCCACCCCCGUGGUUGUAGCCUCACACCCCACCACUGCACGAGAAAUCUUGACCUCCCCGCACUUCGCUGACCGCCCCAUCAAGCAGUCGGCUAAGAGCCUCAUGUUCAGCCGAGCCAUCGGUUUCGCUCCCAACGGAACCUACUGGCGGCUUUUGAGAAGGAUAGCUUCGUCCCACCUCUUCGCGCCCAGGCGCGUUGUAGCACACGAACCCAGCCGCCAGCUAGAAUGCGCCGCCAUGCUGCGCAACAUAGCAACCGAACAGCAACUCAACGGCACGGUGUCUCUGCGAAAGCACCUCCAGGCUGCCUCUUUGAACAACAUCAUGGGGAGCGUUUUCGGCAAAAGGUACGACCCGGCGCAUGAUAGCAAGGAGUUGGAUGAUCUGAAAGAAAUGGUGAAAGAAGGGUUUGAGCUCUUGGGCGCCUUCAACUGGUCUGAUUAUCUUCCAUGGCUGACUUAUUUCUACGACCCAUUUCAUAUAAACGAACGUUGCUCCAAACUCGUCCCCCGAGUCAGAAAACUCGUCCGGGGCAUUAUCGAGGAACACCGACUCACGGAGUCAAAAAACCUCUCUGAUAAUGCUGAUUUCGUUGAUGUUUUGCUCUCUUUGGAAGGCGAAGAGAAGCUUCGAGAAGAUGACAUGGUUGCUGUCUUAUGGGAAAUGAUAUUCAGAGGCACUGACACCACCGCUCUGUUGACCGAGUGGGUGAUGGCCGAGUUGGUAUUGCACCCAGGGGCCCAAGAAAAGCUUCAGAGGGAGAUCGACAGCGUGGUGGGAAAUAGAGCAGUCACGGACGCCGACGUGGCAACACUACCCUACUUGCAGGCCGUGGUCAAAGAGACUCUCCGGGUCCACCCGCCCGGCCCACUUCUCUCCUGGGCCCGCUUGUCCACCUCGGAUGUCCAGCUCAGCAACGGGAUGCUGAUCCCCGCCAACACAACCGCGAUGGUGAACAUGUGGGCCAUCACGCACGACCCGCACGUGUGGGAGGACCCGCUGGAGUUCAGGCCGGAGAGGUUCCUGGAGAGCGAGGGCGGUGCUGACGUGGACGUGAGGGGCUGUGAUCUGAGGCUUGCACCGUUCGGGGCCGGGCGUAGGGUUUGCCCCGGCAAGAACCUAGGGCUCGUGACGGUGACUCUCUGGGUCGCAGAGUUGGUGCACCGUUUCACCUGGGUUGAAGACUCGGGUCACCCGGUGGAUCUGGACGAGGUUCUGAAGCUGUCGUGUGAGAUGAAGCAUCCUCUGCAUGGUGUUGCCGUGGAAAGGAGGAGUACUACUGGUCUUUAGGGUUUGAUGGUGGGGUGGGGAAGCUAGGUAGCUGUAUAUUUACUACAAUACUGGCUUUUGAUUAUUAAUUAAUUACUAGUUUUAUCUGUUUGGUCUGUUUUUAGGAUGGAUUAAGGAUUCAAAAAGUUUGGGGUAUAACGGCUAUAUAUAUUAUCCUAUUAUGGGAUGAUCAGGGGCUCCAAUUUUGGUAUGGUUUGUUAGGAUCCCUGCAUUUUCUGUAACCUUUUGCAACUACUCGAUCGUAAUGGACUACUAUGGUUAAGUCUCUAAACUUGAUUUUGCUGACUCGGAUAAUUAAUUAUAUUUUAUUAUUUCA